GUGAAACUUUAUUAAAAAAUGGCCGUAUUUUAUAAAUCUACAAUCAUCCAAACAAUUCUUCGCAACACCUUAGUUAAUAGUUAUCGUUUUAAAGCCACUCUCGAUUACUCAAGAUUUCCAAAACUAAUUGAAUCAGAAUUAGAGGAAACUUUUGUUCGAGGAAGUGGACCUGGAGGACAAGCAACCAACAAGACAUCAAACUGUGUCCAGCUCCGUCAUAUACCAACCAAUAUUGUCGUCAAGUGUCACAUCCACAGAGUUGCAUAUCGAAAUAGAGAAGAAGCUCGAAAGAUUUUACUAAACAAAUUGGAUCUUCUCUAUAAUGGUGAGUACUCAAUUGAAAUGCAAAAAAAGGCUAUCGAUGGUCGAAAGUCAAGCGAGAAAAAUCGGCGACAAAAAAAACUAGCCGAAAUGAAAGAAAAGUGGAAAGAGCGCGAACAGUCAACUGAUGAAUAAAGAUUUGAUAUAAAAAUUCUUGA